GGAGCUUCGAGUUAUGGCGGUUGUGUUUGCAGCACAAAUUCUAUCACGAAUUAAUCGAGUUUGCUUGUAAUCAUUCGAAAUCACGCCACAGUCAGCUUCACAGCAGAAAUAAGUGCUCGAUAUCGAUCGGCUAAAGGGCUCCAGAAGUGCUGGUUUCUCUGAGGAUGGAGGAUAUGGAGGUGGAGGUGGUCAUGGUCUCUGAAUCUGGCAGCAGCACUGAAGAAGAAGAAGAAAACGAUGUCGCCGCGUCCGUGCCGGAGGAUCGGUCCAGACUGCCGCUGCGGCGAGCCCUCAGGAGGAGACAGAUGAUCAGUCAGCGUCCUCAUGCGGAGCGAGUGCGGAGAAUUCAGACGCUCCUCCAGAAUACACACCACCUGCCGGACACACACACUGAUGCUGAGCCGGCCUCCAGCCACAGCGCCGACCAGAGCCACGUCCAGUCCACAGCGGAGACCAGCAGCCCUGCAGGUCCCAGUGUUCCUGCAGAGGCUGAAGCUCCAGCAGUAGAGCUGAAAACAGAGGUGGAGGCCUCCUCAGACUCCUCCACCUCAGCCGCAGCGUCUCCCGCAGGUGCAGCAGAUGAAGCAGACACUGAAGGCGAGUCCUGCUCCAUCUGUUUCGAGCCCUGGACCACAGCAGGUGAGCACCGUCUGGCCGCCCUGCGCUGCGGGCACCUGUUCGGCUACAUCUGCAUCUCCCGCUGGCUCACGGGCGGAGGAAACAAAUGCCCACAGUGUAAUAAACCAGCCAAGAAAGCUCAGAUCAUCUUCCUGUACGCGCGGAGGCUGAAAGCGCUGGACAACACAGAGGAGGUGCGACUCAAGAGUCGUCUGGAGCUGGAGCAGGGCUCUCGCAGGAUGGAGCAGCUGGAGGUGGCUCAGUGUCGGCAGCAGAUGCAGCUCAUGGUGGAUGAAAACCUGCGGCUGCGCAAAGAGGUCGAGGAGCUGCGUCGGUGGAAAGCGCAGGCGUCUGUGGGCUCGUCUCAGUCGGCGUCUCUGUCCUCGUCUCAGAGGCAGGAUUCUGGGCAUUAUGUUUUCUCCAAGGCGGUUCUGGUGUCUCAGACGGGCGGUAGUCGAGUUCUGGCUCACUGUGAGCCGCUCGGGUGUUUGCUGGCGUCUCAGCCAUCUCCACAGGCCACACUGAUGCCAGGUUUCGGUGUGAAGAAGAUCAGCACCGCGACUCUGAAAGCCUCUCAGUACGUUCACAUUCACUCCAAGCAGAUCCGCGGCCUGGCAUUCAGUCAACAGCAGGACGGGUUACUGCUGUCUGCGGCGCUCGACAACACCAUCAAACUCACCAGUUUGAUGACCAAUACAGUGGUUCAGGCCUAUAACACUGGCCGGCCGGUGUGGAGCUGCUGCUGGUGCCAUGAUAACAACAACUACAUCUACGCUGGUCUGAGUAACGGAUCUGUGCUGGUGUACGACACGCGAGACACCAGUACACAUGUGCAAGAGCUGCGCCCGCUGCGCUCCAGCUGUCCGGUGGUGUCUCUCUCCUACAUCCCGCGCUCCUCCACCUCCUCCUCCUUCCCCUGUGGCGGUGUGAUCGCCGGCACGCUGGAGGGCGGAUGCUUCUGGGAGCAACACAACGACAACACACACACGCCACACAUCCUCCCGCUGGAGUCGGGGAACUGCACGCACAUACAGGCGGAGGCGGAGAGCAGACACUGCCUCGUCACUUACAGACCAGGUCGCCUGAACCCGUCUCUGCGCUGUGUGUUGAUGGAGCUGAGCAGAACUCCUCAGGUGGAUCUCCAGUCCUCCGUCUGCUCCUGCUCCCCGGUCCAGACCUUCAGCGCCGGCUCCUCCUGCAAACUGCUGACCAAGAACUGUGUGUUCAGGAGCCCCGCGGGCGGAGGAGGAGCGCUGGUGUGUGCGGGAGACGAGGCCACCAACUCCACCAUGGUGUGGGACGCAGGCACUGGCGCUCUGCUGCAGAAGAUGCCCGCGGAUCUGCCCGUUCUGGACAUCUGCCCGUUUGAGGCCAACCAGAGCAGCUUUCUGGCGUCUCUGACAGAGAAGAUGAUCAAGGUCUACAAAUGGGAGUGAAGCUGUGUGUGUCACUGCUUGUUUUAAGCAUGACGCUUCUAUUAUGUACAGUUUUGUUUUCUAAUGCUCUAUUAAAAGUGAAGAUCAGGGCUUUAUUCAUGUUUUAGCUGAGCGUGAUCAUUGUUGGAUGUUUUUUAUUGUAUAUAUGUGUUUGUU